AUGGAAAUAAGAAAUCUAACAGUCAUCAAGGAAUUCAUCCUUCUGGUACUUUCUGGAUCAGCAGAGCAACAAUAUUUCUUAUCUGUGCUAUUUCUCUGUAUGUAUUUAAUGACUAUAUCAGGCAACAUGCUCAUCAUCUUGGUUGCUGGCUUUGACUCUCACCUCCCUUUACCCAUGUAUUUCUUCCUUAGUAACUUGGCCUUCGUUGACAUCUGUUUUUCCUCCACUACUAUCCCCCAAAUGAUAGUUAACCUCUUAAAUGAUACACAGACUAUUUCUUUUCUAGGGUGCCUCAGCCAGCUUUUCUUCUUCAUUUCUUUUGUGAAUAUGGACAGCUUUCUUCUGUCUGUGAUGGCAUAUGAUAGGUAUGUGGCAAUUUGCCACCCUUUAUGUUAUAUUGCCAUUAUGAAUCCUCAUCUCUGUGUCUGGCUAGUGGCUGGGCUCUGGCUUGUCACAUAUCUCCAUGCCCUCUUAUACACUGUCUUAAUGGCGCAUUUGUCCUUCUGUGCUUCCAAUAUCAUCCACCAUUUCUUCUGUGAUCUCAACCCUCUCCUGCAGCUCUCUUGCUCUGAUAUAUCCCUGAAUGUCAUGAUUAUUUUUACAGUAGGAGGUCUACUUGCUCUCACACCUCUUAACUGCAUCCUCAUAUCUUAUGAACUGAUCUUCUCAACCAUCCUGAAGAUCACAUCUGCUCAGGGGAAAGAGAAAGCUUUCUCCACCUGUGACUGCCACCUGUCAGUGGUGGUGGUGUUUUAUGGCACAGAGUGCUAUUUCAGUCCCUCCUCCUCUUUUAUCCCUAAAAGUGACACCCCAUUAGCCCUUAUGUAUACAUUGGUGACUCCAGUGCUGAAUCCAUUCAUCUACAGUCUAAGGAACAGUGAUAUGAAGCGAGCACUUCAGAAAAUGAUUUGUAAAGGUGCAUACUUUCAGCAGCAAUGA